AUGCCAUCACUAAUGAGUACUUUGUCAGUUUUCAUAUUAUCUACAUUAGUUUGUUCUUGUGUUCUCGCUCAAUUACAAACAACAGCAUUUCCUUCUUCUGUCGGAAAUGAAGUGCAGAACACGUUGGUUCCCACUGUUAUCUCGAUAAACAAUGAAACCACACUGAGCCAGUUGACGAACAUCACAGUUCGCGAGGAAAUUCCAACGUCUACAAUCAAAUCAUCAACAUCAUCAGUGUUUGAAUCGUUCGUUCUGUUGCAAUCAUUCAUCGUAGCUUUCGUUCUUCUUUUGUAA